GGUGCUGAGCGGAAAACCCGAGACGAAGAGAGACGCGCAUCGAAGCGCAAGAUGGCGUCGACUUCUGCAAGAAAGAAGAUUGAGGAUAUGUAUCACCCACCGAUGGAGAGAUCUGAGUUUUACUCGAUGAGUGACCUCGCUAAGAGACCGUGUCUGUUCUCACCCUCCGAUAGUCAGCGACCAGGGGUCGUGCCGGUAGAGGUCGCUUACUACCAGGAGCCUUCCUCGUCACUUCCGGCUAUGGUGCCAUCGGAUGUCUUGCAGAGUGGCGAUGACAGGAGUCCGAUGACGGAUAGCUGUCACACCGCCUACUCCAGCCCCGACCACGGCAACAAUGACAAACUGGAGGAGGUCCUCACCCAAUCAGAGCUUCUGGUUCCACCAGCCAAGAAGCGCAGGCCUAACGAGGACGAGAGAGUAAUGCUCUAUGUUAAGGAAGAGAACGAUAAAGUGUUUAGCCCACUGCACGUUGUACCUCCGAACCUAAUGGGACUUCUUCAAGGAAUUGAAGAAAGAUUCAGAACUCCGAAGGAGAAGAUUAGGGACAUUUUCAAGCGGUGUAAGAAAGACAUCACGGUGAAGAUGGAUGACGUCAUGUUGAGACAUUAUCACAACGAGGACUGCUUCACAGUCGAUAUCACUCACCUUCCCGCAGACGACAUGUAUGACGUCACGUUCAUCGAGCUGUAACGUCAUCACGCUGAUAUCUUGAUGUCUCUCACUCACUCACGGCAGACAUUAUACGUCAUCGUUCUAUAAUAGCGGAUACGAUCUAAAGAUGUCAUGUCCACUCCCUACGUCCCCCCCCCCACAGUGCAGGACUGUAUAACGUACGAUUGAGAUGUGUAUAUAAGUGUAUUUGGUGGAUUUUACAUAGUGUUUUGAAAUUGUGCAUGUGCAUUGUCGCAUACAUGCGCGUGUUACUGAUAUGCUGAGACAACGCUGAAAAGGGAAGGAAGACUGAAAGAAAGAGGGAAGGAAGACUGAAAGAAAGAGCGGAGACGACGUUCUAUAAAGUCGGGGUUUAUCUGUCACGGCGUUCCUUGCCCGCGCGACACGUCCUUGUCGCGAGAGUUGACACACGUACUUACGCAACCGCAACUGUCUCGACGCAACUGGACGAGCGAAGGAAAUAUUUGGGCGUGACUCUUUAGCUUGCAUUUAUACAGGGUAGAUUUGUUAUAGUCGAGUGCCUACACCUCACCGUAUCUGCAUUUGUGUUCAUACUGGAUUCAUACAGUGCCUUCUAGGGACACUUCCCUUGGCUUUCCCAACGCAAAGGAGUUGCAUUUUAUAAAUGUUUUAUUGCGGCACGAUGCGUUCCCCCUAAAACGUCUUCGUGUUUAUAUAUAAAUAAAUAAAUAAAUAAAUAUAUAUAUAUAUUGAUAGUAACGAUAACGUCCCUCGUAAUAGGUAAUAGCAUAUUUUGUGAGCAUAGAGGUUUAAUUCUCUUGAUAACCGCUUCGGAGAAGUGCAAUAGAUCCUAACUAAUCGAGUAAAAUGCUUUGAAAGCAGAGAGACGAGCGAAAACAAGAAGAAUUAAGAAGAUGGUGAUGAUGAAGAAUUGUGGCCUGUGGCUAUAAGCCAAAUCCCUGGGUACAGACGAACGUUGUACGAUGUCACUACAGCGCAUGCGCGACUACGUCACACGUCCGCACGCCGCAACAUUACACGAUAUGACCUCGAUAUAUAUAUAU